AUGGCUGGUGGUGUCAAGAAGCCCGUCAACAUCUUCCGGCUGAAGAACCUUGGGCUGCCCAAGGAGGUCUUCAACUGGCGCCUGUGGUUCUCGGUCUUUUCUUUCGGCCUCCUGGGCGCGGCGAGAGGAGUGGACGAGGGCCUCAUCAAUGGGGCGUUCAACUCCAAGGACUUCCAGGCUACGAUUCACUAUGACUCCUACGACGAGGUCGCACAGGCCAACAUCAAGGCCAAUGUCUCGGCAAUGGUCCAGAUUGGCUCUGUUGGCGGGGCUUUGUUUGCCUUCGUCAUAGCAGAUCGCAUUGGCCGUAUCUGGGCUACCCGUGUCCUCUGCAUUCUGUGGAUUGUCGGAAUAGCCCUCUUCAUGGGUCAUGGUGGAAGCUUAGGUCUUAUUUACGCUGGCCGCUUCAUAGCAGGCUUAGGGGUAGGGCAAACGCCAGUGGUAGGACCGGUCUACAUCGCAGAGAUUGCUCCUGCCGCCAUCCGAGGUCUCUGUACCUGUAUAUUCACCGGCUUCGUCUACCUGGGCAUCGUCCUCGCCUAUUUCGCCAACUACGGAUGCCAGAUCAACAUCGGCGACACCACUCACGCUCGGUGGCUCGUGCCUACCAGCGUGCACAUCAUCUUCGCCGGCCUCAGCUUCUUCCUGACGUUCCUCCAGUACGAGUCGCCUCGUUUCCUCAUCAAGCAGGGUAAGGGUGACAAGGCUCUCCAAAACAUGUCGCGGCUGCGCCACCUUCCGCCUGACCACCCUUAUGUGGCUGAGGAGAUCGCCGCCAUCACCAUGCAGCACCACGAGGAGAUGGAGGCUACCAAGGGCACGACCUUCUGGGGCAUGAUCAAGGAGCUCCUCUUCAUCCCGUCCAACCUGUACAGGUUCUACCUGGCCAUCGGCGCCCAGCUCAUGAGCCAGUGGAGCGGAGCCGGCUCGAUCACGCUCUACGCACCAGACCUGUUCGCGCUCAUGGGCAUCACGGGCACCAACGAGUCCCUGCUCGUCACGGCCGUCUUCGGAAUCGUCAAGCUCGUCGCCGCCAUCGGCUGCGCGCUCUUCCUGGUCGACGUCGUCGGCCGCAAGCGCUCGCUGCUCAUCGGCAUCACCCUGCAGGCCGUCGCCAUGAUCUACGUGGCCGGCUUCCUGACGGGCGUCCCGGAGCUCGGCCUGGUCGAGGACUACGAGCUGACCGCCAACGAGACGGGGCCCUCCAAGGGCGCCAUCUUCAUGAUCUACCUGUCCGGCUUCGGCUGGGCCCUGGGCUGGAACUCGAUGCAGUACCUGCUCACGGCCGAGCUGUUCCCGCUGCGCAUCCGCGCCCUGGCCACCUCCAUCGCCAUGACCGCCCACUUCGCCAACCAGUACGGCAACUCGCGCGCCCUGCCCAACAUGCUGCUCCCCACCUCCUCGGGCGGCAUCUCCCCCGCCGGCACGUUCUGGUGCUUCGGCGCCGUGACCGUCCUCGGCGGCGCCUGGGUCUGGUUCUUCGUCCCCGAGACCGCCGGCCGCAGCCUCGAGAGCAUGGACCGCCUCUUCGCCCUGCCCUGGUAUAAGAUCGGCCUCCACGGCAACAAGGACGCCGACGAGCUCGACGUGGUCUACGACAAGAAGGUUGAGGAGGCCGGGGCGUCUCGGGCGGACCAUGUUGAGAAGAGCGAGGAGAAGGUCUGA